AUGGAAGAGAAACUAUACCCAGAAGCAAUUGGGCCGAGAAGUCCACUGGUAUUCAUUUUCAAAGAGUUUGGGGCAGCAGAUCAUCUCCUAAGGUUAGAGUGCCUCUCUGAGCUUCUAGCGACUUUGCAGCAACUAAAUGUUUAUGGGAUAUCAGUAGACAAAUACGCCCCACUGCCUUGGCUGGCUUGGAGGCGGCUCAGGGAGGAUCGGUGUAUCAAUUCACUCUGGAUGUUUAAAACCCUUCAGUGCAUGCUCCAAAUCCCCGAGGAUAUCAUUCUGGCCAUCAAUCCUCUACUUGGAGAAACGAGUUCGACCACCCUGCAAAGAUUCCAUUCCUGGAUCAAGCGGGUCAGAGUUAGCGGGCUGACAGGCGAUGACCUUACCGUACGUGCCGAUUUCAUCCCCGACAUUGAAGUUCAGAUACUUUUCAGAGAUGGGAGUCUGCUCGACUCCAUCCUAGAGCUUAUUAUGAGGACAGCACGGAUGAACAUCAAGCGUAAAGCUAUCAGAGAGACGUGUGGGAAGGUGAUGUGUAUAUUGCUAUUAUUAAGGCGAUGGGAUUUACUUCCGAUCUUUGUAUCGAACCCGGAGCUUCACGAUUCUAAUCUACCCUUUCUUGCGAAUCCGGGCUGGGCACCAUUUGAUGACUUUGCACUUUGGAGACGGUUUGAUCAAGUGCAAUGGAGGUUCUGUGUAAGGGCCCUGGGCUUUCUUCAUGAAUGUGCUUCGUCUAUCCUUCGAGAAACGAGUCGAUCACCUCAGGAAAUCCUCCCGAUCAAGUCCACAAAUUAUCUUGGAGGAUACGACUUCGUCGUGGUCGACAGACCCCGUUGUGUGCGCAUUGAAAAUUUUAAAUCCUCCAAUGCCAAGGAAUACUACGAAGCAGAACUACGUGCGCUUAAUCGACUAUCGGCAGAACGAUUUGCCACGGAAGAAAUUGUUGCCCACUUUGGAGGUGUUCGAUUUGGGAAUACGUUCUGUCUGCUACUUGAAAACACAGAAAUGGGUGACCUAGGAUCCUAUAUGAAGAAUAAUACACCACCAACCUCAGAAAACGAGAUGAGGCAUCUCUGGAAACGGAUCUUCCAGCUAGGGAGCGCACUAUUAUAUAUCCACAGAAUUCCAUACCGUGAUCUAAACGGUAGUUCUGUAUUCGGAUGGCUUCGAAAUAUCAGACCAGGAAUAAUAAUGGUUACGGGCAGUUUCGACCCUUCGAUUUACGGUGUCACUUUUAAAUUCGCGGAUCUUGGCUUCAGCCAUUUUAGAAGUAUAAAACCAAAGGCCGAAGACAUAUUAGAUUGGGACAGUGCUCGUACUCGAAUAUACGAAUCUCCAGAAGACGCCAGUUCUAGGCCGACUACUAAUGUGAAAGAUACUGAACUAGGCCAAGCUGGGGACCUCUGGUCUCUCGGUUGCGUAUAUAGCGAAGUAGCAACAUGGUCUGUAUUUGGAUAUCAAAUCCUUGAACGAUAUAGGCGCUCUCGUGAGAAGCAGACUAUAGACAUUGAAGGAAUCUGUUCGGUAGGGUGCUUUCAUGAUGGACGCUGCGUUCUCAGUUCAGUCAAAGCGAGCCAUUCGGCAGUCAAGAAAGAGGUCGAGUACGGUACGCUACAUAUGGUCAUCCCAGUAAUUUACGACAUGUUAUUGACAGAUAUCCACCUUCGGUCGUUCGGUGUCCCCUCAAGGCUUGAGGAGGUUCCCUUUGAGGUAGUAUAUAUGCUACUGCGUUGA